AUGGAUGCAGGAGGCGUAGUGAACGCGCUUGAAAAGCUAGGGACAACGGCCAGGUGGCCACGCAAGAGCGACAUGCCAAAUAGCGAGAAAGACACCACCAAAUGGUCCAACUAUCAUGGCGACCAUGGCCAUCGCACGGAGGACUGCAACGCCCUCAAGAAAGAAGUGGCUUGGCUGCUUAAGAAAGGCUAUCUAGAGCAUCUCAUGGGGAAGAAAGGACAACAAGAGAAUAAAUUCGGUCCCAGCCAGCAACAACCUCGUCCUCCACCUGAGCCUACGCAUGAUAAGGUAAUCAAUUCUAUCUCUGGUGGAUCAGAAAUAUGUGGAGUAACCUACUCUGCAGCUAAAAGAUUCGCCCGAGAAGGCUCCAAAGCUGUACCAAAGCAAUAUAGAAGUGCAAAGGAGAAAAAGCUCAGAAACAUGACCAUCAGCUUUGACGAGGAGGAUGGAGAUGAAGAAGCUGACCACCAUGAUGGCCUUGUCGUAUCCCUCACCAUCAGCAACUCCCUUAUGAAGAGAGUGUUAAUAGACAACGGCAGCUCAGCUAAUAUCAUAUUCAAAAGUGCCCUCGAAAGCAUGGGACUGCAGGAAGCUGACAUCCUCAAAAAAGCAACCGUCUUAUUCAUAUUCAAUGGCGAGCCAGCUACAACGCUCGGGGAAAUCAUACUACCUACCUAUGCAAAAGGAGUCAACUUGCAGACUAAAUUCAAUGGGGUGGAUUCCCCUCAGCAUAUAAUAUCAUUAUGGGGACACCAUGGAUUCAUAAAAUGCGAGCUGUGCCAUCAAACUAUCAUCAAACUAUCAAAUUCCCUACCAAAUGGGGAGUGCAAGAAAUCAAGGGCGAUCGCAAGCUGGCAAGAGAAUGUUAUAGCAUAUCCCUCAAAGCAAAGAAAGAGUCCAGCUAGCAAUUACAGCAAGGUCCAGUGCCAGCUAAACCAGUAG